AUUUCUUUGACUUCUCGAAGAUUCCGUAGAAUCUUCUUGUGGAAAAGUAUUUAGUAGCUAGUUUUCAAAUGAGCGAGCUGCGAUGCGCCAUCUACGUUAAAUAUUGGCACAUGCAACAUGGCUGGGGAAGGGGAGAGCAUGACUGAUGUGGCACAAUCUGGACGAAACCCGACGUUUACUCUUGAGGUCCUGAGUAUCAUCAAAGAAUCCCAAUUACAACAUGGAUUACGACAUGGUGAUUACCAGAGAUACAGGAGCUACUGUUCCAGAAGAUUGAGACGGGUCCGAAAGUCGUUAAAGUUUUCAUAUGGAAAUAGGAACAAAUUUGUGAAAAGGCAAAUCAAAGAUGAUAUCGUCACAGAUGUCAGGUUUCUGUAUCUCCCACUGGUGUGUGCUGAGAGGGCAUGGGCCUACGCCAUGCAACUCAAGACGGAAGGCAACACAGAACCCAGGAAGAGAUUCCAUGUCAUGUCUAGACUUAGGAAGGCUGUAAAGUUUGCUUCCGAGCUGGAGGCCCUCUCUCAGAGUGGCAAAUGCGAUGCAAGGUCCAAGCUUGAGGCCAAGGCUUACUUUGGAUGGAUGAAGGGGAUGGUGUUGUUUGAAGAAGAGAAGUGGGAUAACUGCAUAGAGACUUUAAGUGAAGCCAAGACCAUUUAUGAAAAAUUGGCAAGUGCCCUCAACGAAGAGCAGCGUGCAGUUUAUCUUCAGCGUGUCGAGGAGAUCUCGCCCAGUAUACGAUACUGUGCAUACAAUAUAGGAGAUGAGAGCGCCAUCAAUGAUUUGGUGCAGAUGAGGUUGAAGUCCGGAGGUCAAAUGUCAACUAAUAUAGAUAGUCUUCUUGCCCAGACCCGAGAGAAACAAGCAGCAACCCUUAGCGAGGUCACCUGGAGAGGGCGCACUGUACCUGUUAGGAACGAGCAAGUCCGAGCAUUCCUUCUAACGUGCCAAGAGAACGAGCAGCAGGUGGCGUCCGAGCUGAUGGAUUCCGAGAGCAAGGUGUCCGUCUACGAGAGUCUACUGAUGCAAUGUAAAGAUUCCCUGCAGAUUAUACGGGAAGAGCUCAAAGCAGAUCCAAGUGCUAAAUCCAAAGGCCAGCGACAGGACGGCCCUGUAUCUACCACCCAAUACCUGCAUACAUACCUCACUUACAUCCGGCUUACCAGUACGAUAGAACGCAACAUCCUCCUGGCUGAUGCCCUCAAGGCCAACCUACAAACAAGGGAGGACGGAGAACAGGAGAGCUCCAACCAGAAACGAACCAAACCUCAAGAUCUUAUUAGGUUAUAUGAUAUUAUAUUACAGAAUCUAUCAGAAAUUCUGCAAUUGCCUGGCUUAGAAGGGGAUGUAGAUUUGCAACAAGAAGUAGGAGCAAAAACGUUAAAAUUCAAGGCAUAUAGGUGUUUUUACCUGGCCCAGUCGUAUAGCCAAGCCAAGAAAUGGACAGAAGCAGCGGCUUUGUUUGAGAGGGCCAUGUCAAGAGCUGAGUCUUCCAAGAAAGAAUGGAGAGCAAUCAAAUCAAGAUCUGUCAAGGUACAAUUGACUGAACUAGAUGAGCUAAUAAAACAGAUAAAUGGUGUUAAGUACUCUGCGCAUGCAGCAUCUAUAUUAGAUUCCUCUGAGGUCAGCGAGAGCAUGGCCAAGCUCAGCAUCGCUGCUUCGUCAUCGUCCGACUCCUCGGCACCGAUCAGCGAGCGACUCGGCGACUACCGCCCGGCCUCUGAGGUGGACCCUGCCAAGCCUAACCUCGUGGCCUUCCCGCCACCCUUCAAACCUGUCCCAUGCAAGCCUCUCUUUUUUGACAUAGCUCUUAACCAUCUAGAAUUCCCGUCGCUGGAGGAGAAGCUGGAAACGAACAAAGCUGCCAAUGCCAAAGGUGGUAUCGGAGGCUUCCUCUCUGGCUGGUGGGGUGGGGGUAAGAAAUGAAGAUAGGUAGUAAAAUUUACAUAUCAUUUUUGGGGUAUCAAACCUUGUAUUUCAAAACAAAAUCAUUUUGAGGGCAGCCCAGAAAAAGCUGUUUUAGAAAUACGGCAAUAGUGGCCUCAUAUUUUCUGAAAACAGUCUAUCAAUUCCUGUAGAGAAGUCUUUUCUGCAAAAGAAGGUUGCCACCUAUCUCAUAGCUCCAGCAUCAAGCUUUUUCUGAGUUGUCCUAAAAUUUGUUUCAAUUUUGAGAAUCAAGGUUUCAACGGCCCAAUGACGAUAUAACAUUUAUUCAAUAUGACUAGAUCUUCAGGGUUUUUCUCUCUUAUUUUCCCUUUGAAUUCCUUUUUGUGAUUACUAGGCUAUCCCUUUGAAUGGUAUCUACAAGAUUAUAGAUGGAGAAAACAUGGGAGCAUUUCAUAUAAAUGGAGUUGGUAAUUGAAAGCUACCAAAAUCCUUUCAUCUGAUUGGCUCAGAGCAAAUUCGUCAGUGAACUUCACAAACUUUUUUCCCCAUGAAACGUAGCCCCACCAAACCUCUGGGUCUGGGAACUAAACACAAUUUUACAGGACAGUGCAACACAUAUUUAGAUGACAACAGAACAAUUUCAAAAAGUCAUCAGUAUUUAUUCUCUUUUUUCCUUUCAUUGAUUUUUGUCUAGUGGUGCUCUUUUUUUUUUCUGUUGAAUGUUGCAUGUUAUUGUUAAUGAAGGAAAUAACUGCACUCUAAAUUGCAGAAUCUAGUUCAUUUUGUUUUUAUUUUGUUUGAGAAGGUAAUAUACAUACCAUCCGUGAAUCUACAAUGUCUUGUAUAUUGUUAACAUGCAUCUGUGCUUUUACUUUUAUGUUAUAUUCUGAUCAUUCCGGAAUAAAACCAAUUUCGCAUCAGUGGCAUUGUUGGGCAAGCGUCAUGCUCAGUCAUAGUGUGUAUACAUGAACUGAAGGUUGUAUAUACGUGUAUAGACAUGUGGUUGAAAGUUAACUGGUACAACUCCAACGGUAACUGGUAAGGUGUCCAAGAACGAGUUGUGGUUUGAGGGAGGUGUCCUCUUAUUCUCAUCACAAUCAACAGCCAAGAUCUUGGGGGGAAGGGGGUUGAAUCAGCCCAGCCCCCACCCCCAAAGCUUGACUUUGGUUGUCUGUUUGAGUUGUUGUAUUGAGAAGUACUCAGUCAACCCAUGGCAAAUGAAAUCAUGUGACAGCAAAUUAUUUUCAAAGGGCAAAAUGUAUCCGUCAUUCACAUCGACAUCAAAGUAAUACUACGUCUGAUAUCUCUUCACACAGAGUGUGUAUAGGAUGUAGCCCAGAAUUUUUUUCCUAGCAAAAUUGGUUUAAUGCCAGCAAUAUUUACAAUAAACCUAGGAUACCAUCUGUGUAGGCAGGAAGGUACAUGUACAAGGUAUACAAACAUGUAAGAGAUAACAUAUGUGGGAAUACAAGAGAGAUACAUAAUUCAUAGUAAAAAAUAUAUGUAUAUAAAAUAAGAAAAAUAUGGAGUUUUAUGGAAAUGAAUAUAACUCAUUUGGGUGAUAUAAUACUGAUUUUGCCAUAGAAAGACAGUACAUUUACAUGGUCAUUGUGUAAUUGCAUGAUCAGGACUUGCAAUUAAAUUUAGUUUACAAUCUUGUAUGAACAAUCUUGUAUGAAGAGAUAGUAUGUUAUUAAAUGACUGGAUUUUUUUUCAGUGAAACAAAUGUUCAGCAAUUAUGAAAGAACAGAACUAGAUAGGUUUGAUUACAUGAAUUAUUUAUAGAUGUUUUAAAACAUUCCUUUACUGUUUUCUAAAUAUCUUUUAGAUUAUUAAUUGAUAAUUACUUCUUUUGUAACUUCAGUUGAACACAAAGUAUUGUUCAUAUUUUUUGUUCCAUUACGAGAUACAAAAUGUGACUCCUAAACCGUUCGUGUUCGAUUUAUCAGUAUUUCAUUAAUUUUGUCUGAAUAUGAGAUUAAACUGCUCAACCAAAAGUCAGACAUUUAAAAAAAUCUAAUAUCAAUAACAUUCUUGACAAAUUUUGAUAACCUGAGUAUGACUUGACAAAAACACUUUUAUUUAUUAUUAAGUGAUCUUGGCCUGUAACGCAAAGCUUAGCAUUCAUAAAACUUUUUUUUGCGUUUGAUUGCAUUGACUACAAUGUACAAUCAAUUGUGAAAAUCAUGCUGACGAUUAAUCGCUAACCUUUGUGUUACGGGUCCCUGAAGUCGACAUUCUGUUUAUGGGUGGAUGCAUGUCAGUUGAUGAACGAAGGAAGAUAAAUGUUUGAUUUGAACCCGCCUACUUUGCGCUCAUUUUUGUCAAUGACGGCAUAAAAUGCAUCAAAAAAAUUAUGUCAUUGUCAUCCUUACUGUAGUUGUAAGGUCAACCAAACUCAAACCAACCAAGUUUCAAUUCAGAAGCGUUUGAGGUUAAUGUCUAAAAAUGAGGUACGAAUAUUAGUCAUUCUUUAUUUGAAAUUAGGAACCCCUACCUUUUUAGCAUACAGUAUUUUGGCCAGAAAAAUACAUUUAUAUGUGCAAGAAAGAACAUUCUGACGAGAUGAAUUUCUUUUUUUUAAUCAAUUCUCUGGCAUCUAGUAGUUUUGAAUAUUUUAGGGCAUAAUUUCAGUUUUCAAAUUUGAUUUCCCAAGAUUGGGUAAGAGGUUAUAUUUUACAAUCCUGUUUACAGUCUUAUGGAGAAACAUACUACAAUGAGAUAUUUCGUAUAGCCGUCAUAUUUUCAAGAAUUCACACCAAUCUUUUGUGAUACCAGGAAAGUUCUGAGAUAUUUUCUGUUGCAUGUGUAUAUUUAUUUGUGCUCUUUUUUUUCUCUCAACCUCUCUCUUUAUAGAUAUUUUAUGAUGUAUGUUAGGCAUAGAUAAACAAACUACAGAGAAUAUUCUUCUUAACUAUGUAAAGUGAUUUUAGUCUGAUACUGUCAAAUGCAAUUUAUGUGACAAUUUGUUUUAAUGAAAUAUCUUUUCUCUUUCUAUAUCAUGCCUAAUAAAUGCUAUUCAUUAUUCUCUAUUACAAAACAUA